AUUCAUGGUUGAGUCUUCCGAUUGGUCGAAGAGAGGAUUGAUGAUUUUCGACCUGGACAAGUUCAACACCAGCGGAAAUAUUACUUUUUCUUUGAUCUCCCUGGAGUUGUUUGGCAUGUCUUUGGGAUCCCAGAUGCUGGUGGCCGAGUGGUCUUCUCCUCAGAAGAAGCAGCAAACAGAGCAGCCGUGUCAGCGAAAGAAGUCGCCAUUGGGAUCUGUGCUGAUCAAUGAAGUUGUAUUGGGGUCCCAUGAAGAGGAAUCUUCUGUUGAGUUGAAAGCAUCCGAGGCAGAGUUUUCUUCUGCUUCGUGGUCCAAUCUUUCUACAUGUGUUGUGGUUGAAACAAGUAGCGGAACAGCGAGCAGAAGAGUCUUCGCCCUCCUAGUGGAAUGGAAUCAGCCAGCACACAAAGCUGCAGAAAGUGGUCUUACAUACCGUUAUCAAACGGUAUCAAUGAAAAACUACCUUAACAUUGGAUCAACAUCUGCAACCCUUUUAAUCUCGGUGAUACUAGUUCCUUUGGGCCAGAAUAGCCCAGGUGAUGAAAAUGGUCAAAAUGAUCUGUGCUGGAACUAUGACACUUAUAAGGGCAAUCAGGACGAAUCAGUGUUGGUUCUUGACUCGCUAGUGCUGUCUUCUUCUUUCUAUGCAGGCAAACUUCUGCUUCGAAAAGCGGGACUUCCUUUUUUCAUUGACACUUCUUUGUACGCAGCAAACGCAGCCAAUAUGAGUGUUUCAAGAUGUUUGUCGGAGGAGCCAUUGAAUCCUGCUGCCUUUUUAUGGACCUUUUUGGCCACUGAGGGCAAAGAGAACCACUGUCCACUAUUAGACCAUGAAAUCACUCUCAGAUCGGUCAAACAUGGUGCGACCAAUUAA